AGAAAAUUCUUUCUCUUUCCAGAAACCCUUCGAAAAUUUUCCUUCACUUUCUCAAACUUUCCUUCACUUUCUCGCCGGCGAUGACAACAAUCAGUCUCCGGAAGGGAAACACCCGUCUUCCACCGGAAGUAAACCGCGUCCUGUACGUCCGCAACCUUCCCUUUAACAUCACCAGCGAAGAAAUGUACGAUAUCUUCGGCAAAUACGGCGCAAUUCGUCAGAUCCGAAUCGGAACUAACAAAGACACUCGCGGCACUGCUUUCGUCGUCUACGAAGAUAUCUAUGAUGCGAAAACCGCUGUCGAUCAUCUCUCCGGGUUCAAUGUUGCUAAUCGGUAUUUGAUUGUGCUUUAUUAUCAACAAGCGAAGAUGAGUAAGAAGUUUGAUCAGAAGAAAAAGGAGGAUGAGAUUGCUAGGAUGCAGGAGAAGUAUGGUGUUUCCACCAAAGACAAGUAAUUGAUGAUAUUCACCGCUGAAAAUCCACUGUUGAAUGUUGAUAUAAUGCAGAGUUGAGUAUUUUCAAGAGUAGAAGAAAGUUUACAUGAUGUAUUAGUGAUAAAUUGUCUCAAGUCAAUUUGGCAAGUCAGCUAUUUGUAUUGAGUAAUGAAUUGGACAUGGAUUUGGCAAAGUGAGCUGUUUGUAUCAUGUAAUGAAUUGUAAAUGGUUUCUGGUGGAAUACAUAAGAGAUAAUCUAAGUUAUUUGACAAAUUAUCAAAGAUAUUAUUAGCUUUUUGAUAUAUUCCAACAAUUUUGAAUAUUGUAAUGCAUGAAUAAUCUUUGAUGUGAA